AUGGAUUGUAUUAAAGCUAAAAGAUGGGUCUACAAAAUUAGGCGCAGUAAACUUGUGAUCGAAGAAGUAAUUACCACUAUCAAUACCAGUUUAUCGGUUGACCGAAUACAAACAACAACCAACGUGAAAUCCGAAGAACGAGUACGCGUAGAAGAAAGAGAAAAACAGAAAAAUCAAGAUGUAGUCAUAAGAG